ACAAAAAUCAUAUGGUUUGUCGUAAUCAUAUCUACAGCAUUUAUUUAGAUUCGUUUUUAUUAAAAAUUGUAUUUACUUGCAAAGGAUUAUAAUAAAAAUAACAUCAAAAUGAACAAGCCGCCACAACCCCCUCAGAGUUUUGUUAAACGCAACUUGGUAUCAAUUGUUAUGGUGCCCACAAUAAUAGCUUUUCAUUACGGAUGGAACGUUAUGCAAAAUAACCGAGCAUUGGUACAGGAACAUGAACAAAUUGACCUGCCGGUGGUAACGUUUGCCAAAUUUGUAUGGAGAAAAGUUACUGGAUCUGAGGAUCCCUCUAAAGCGAAUACAAAAAGUUCUUAGUAAUAAUGCUAUUGUACUCGUAUGUGUCUAUUGCAAUGUAUUUAUUGUAAAUAAAUUUUUUAAGUUACGAAAAGGAA